UGGGACCUAGAAGAUUCUUAUGUCGAUACAUAUUCACAUCAAUGGAGAGCACAAUUUCAGAGUCUUAUAGAUGACAUUUGAAUCAUGGCAUGCUACUUCUAGCUGUGUGCCUUUGAACAAAUUAUUACACUACUCUGACCAUCAGCUUCCUCUUGCAUCAAGGGAAUAGUAAUCUCUUACAAAGUUUUGUGAGGAUAAAAUAUGUCUGUCCUGUAAGUGAAAUGCCUAGCACAGCUUUGUGCCCACAGAGGUACUAGUGGCAGCUUUUCAUGAACAUUUAAAAGUUCCAGGUAACACUUCAGGGGUGUGUUAAAUGCCUUACAGACAUUUUGUAAGUCCCUUCCAAGGAAACUGGGAGGAGAGCACUCUGGCAGAAAACUCUAAACUAAAUCCUAGUGCUGUCACAUACCAGCCUCAUGACCUUAGACAAGGCACUCUAGGCCUUGGUUAGCAUGCCUGGAAAACGGAGAUAACACUUCCCAGCCUGGCAAAAGAGAUGAGAAGUAUGAGAGUUAUAAGGUACCGCACACAAAGCAGUAAUAAAGAGUAUCCUUCCUUUAACACAUUCUAGGCAAGUAAAAUAUUGGAAAUAGCAGAUAUCAUCCUCCCAGCCAGAGCUCUAGGGCCUAUUUCUCAAUUAUCUCUGAUUCUCUAAAACCUCAGCAAACAGCUUGUUUAGAAAGCAGCUAAAGGCCACAAUUAUGCUUUGGGAAGCUCUGCUCUGCACAAUAAGGAAAAAGGUGAUGUGAAGGAAACCAAGCCAGGGAUGUCAACUUUGAGCACAGGCCUUGUCGGCUUCUCAUUUGCUGUUCCUGGCCAGAGAACUGGGCUGACUAGAAGUGCAGCCAGCCAGGUCAGCGGCUGCCCUCCCAGAUUCCAGCCACCCCAGCACCCAUGGUUAUUUUUGGCUGGCACUGCCCUACCACUGCAACCUCAAACCUGCCACCUCGCAAGCCUCCACCACCAACGGGUGAAACGCUUCUUCUUUUCAAGGGCAUCAAGGAGGGAAGCUGGAAGGCCGCCAACUCCGCCUCUGCUGGGGGCCUGGUUCAGGCAAUUUCCACCCCAGCUCCACAUCAGGGCACCCACACCCGGAACUAAAGCUAGAGGCUCCCGGCAGGACGGAGGAGCAGCCAGGGGAUUUGUACUGUCAGCUUGGCCUAGCCCAUCCCCCGGGCUGGAGCGGCUCCAUCACCACAACAAAACACACAAGGGGACCUGCGCUCUCGUUCGCGUCCCUUCCUGCCGCGCCAGGUCCCAGGGGUCUCAGAGUCCCCUCUCCUGUAACCGCCACCAGUGGCGCCGAGGGGAAACCCGGGGGCAGAGGGAAAGCCGAACUGGGCCAGAAUCAAACUCCAGGCCGCCAAGGGAGGAGUCGUCUGUGGACCAAGUCUGAAGCCAGGGGUAGGGGAGGUGUCUGAAGGGACUCCGGCUAUUCCACGUCGGACCCGACCCCAUUCCGCGGGCAGGCACAAAACCUAAACUGGACUCCAGAGGCCCCAGAGACCGUUCAGGCUCCGCCUUCAACACCGCGGAAUCGAGGUCAGGGUCUGCAGUGACCGCCCUCCCGGGCAGAAGCAGCGGGUCAGGGGUGAGAGGUCGAGGCCGCGGCCCGAGGUGGGCCGAAGAGGAGAAAGAAAGAGAGUAAGCCGAGACCGAAUGGAACCAGCGCGCAUUCCCCGCCGACUCACCCCCGGCCGCCGCCACCGCAGUCGCCGCCGCCACCGCAGUCGCCGCCGCGGGCCCCAGCCCACUUACCGUCUCCCAGGCUCCGGCUGCAGCUAGGCCCCACUCCCCUCUCCGAGCGCUUCUUCCGCUUCCGGCUGCGACCUCCGCCCGUGGCGGCCCCGCCCCCUCGCGUGACGCAGCCGUCGCGAGCCCUGACUCGACCCGGCUCGGAGGCCUGGCCGCUCUAGCCCCCGACUCGAAGGCUCCGGGACACCAGCCCUCUCUGCUCCGGUGGGUGCAGUGGCCUCGGAGACUAGUUCCGGGAGGGUCGAGGGGACGGGCUCGGCCCGGCCCGCCUCCCGCCGUGUCGCGGCGCACGUAGGUUCCCCGACCUGACAGGUGCGCGGCCCAGGCCGACUGGGCUCUCAGAGCCGAGACGUGGGGCCCCGACCCGGCCGCGGGGCUGGGCCCGCUCCGCCGCCCCGACCCCGCGUGGUCCGCCAACUCCCUCCUGCGCGCGGAGAGGACGGGCAUUGUUCUCGGGGCCCCGGAGAGCGCGAGAGCGGCCUGAGGUCUGUGCCCUGGGGCUCGGGAAGGCGGAUGCGACUCCGCUUGCGCGAAACGAGCGAACGACACAUUAUUGUCUCGGUGCUCCAACAGGGCCCCUGAGCAGGACUGGAGGCAGUCAGAGAAGGACCUGUGGGAGCAGCUGGUAGAAAGCAGGCGGCAGAGGGCCGAGCUGGCCAGCCAUCUUCGAGCAGUGCUGGAGGCCCUAUCGGAGCAAGCCCUUGUGCUGCAGAGGCGAGAGCAUGAGCUGGGACUCAGCUGGUCCUAAAGCAGAAACAUGCCACAGCAGUUCUGCUGGCCUCCAUCCUGAAACCCGUCAGCAGCUGGAGAGCAGCUGGAGAGGCAAUGUAUCUCAGACCCAGCUGGAGGCAGAGGAUGCACAGCUGGAGCGUGUCGUGAUAGAUAACAGCCGAAAGCAGCCCCUCAGGGCCCCAGGGCAGGGGUCCAUGCUGGGCUGUCAGCUGGGCUGUUGGCUGCCAGUCCGCCUGCGUUAUCAGAGGCUGCAGACACUGCCCUGCCUGGUGGGAGGCAGGGAAGCUAGGCCUACCUAUCCGAGGCUCUGUGCUGCCUUUGACCCUCCCACUCAGUCUCCUCCCAGCAAGUGGAGUGGCCUGGCCUGCCUGGAGCAGGAGAGGCACCAAAGGCAGGGAUCCCAGGGACAGGCUGAGUGGAGGAGGCCAGACCAGGACAUAGAAGACAAUACACUCCAGGUCCCGGAGGUACUAGUGCCCCUCAGGAAACAGCUAGAAGCACAAGAAUCACAUCCCAGGCUUUGUGAGGAGAUGGCUGAGUACUGGAGGACACGCUGGCACCAGGUGGCAGUUGCCCUGAAAUUUAAAGAGGAGGAACUGCAAAGACUCCAGAUGCAGAGUGGGACCUGGCCUCCCCAGGGCAGACCCCAGCAGAGACCCCAGGCCAGCCUCCAGAUUCUGCAAAGGGAAGGAGCUGUGGGACCCAGGUCUGCCAAGGAACUGGAGUCUGCAGUGUGGACUCCACCAGAGGCCAAUGGGGAGUGGGACCUGCUGUAGGUCUGAGCACCAAGGGCUCCCGCACCAGGAGGACAGGAGCCUCCAGUCAUCUCCACUUCACAACCCCUGAAAGCCUCAGCUUGUGGAUCCAGAGCUGGGUACUGAGCCGUACUGGACCAGCGGGCCCUCUCCUGGGAUCGCUGGACUUGGAGCAGAAGAGACCCUCCAGGACUGAAGACUGGACACACAAAACUUGGGAAUUGUCAACUGACCUAUUAUUCACCUCGUGAAAAAAGCUGGAUUUAAAUGAGCGCGAAUGGAGCUGACAAUUCCCAGAAACUCGAAUUGGGAUGGUGAGAUUUUAGUUCAGCCCAGGGCGGUCUCAUGCGUGGGUGGUAAAGUUGAGCUUUGAGGUGGUCUUCAGAGGGAGAGGAAUACGCUUCCCGGGUUCCGGGCCCUUCGGGAUGUCAACACAGGUCCAGCUGCCCUUAGGCUCCUCCGCACACCCUGGAUCCAAUAAUAAAUGCCUUUCCUCUCUGCCGCCA